GCUAACGACCAAGCAGCCAAUCAGUGACGUUCUAUGGUUUCCAUGGAGAAAACAAAUCGCUCACGUCUGGUAGCGAUUACACAACAAAACAUUAAUUCGGCGACGUGAAUGUACCGUUUUUGGACAAAUUGGGUUAGGUUUUUGCAAAAGAACGUUUUCGUCGUUGGUUAGCCUGAGCUAGUCUUUAUAUUUUUGUGCCGAACCUGGUUCGCUAUCAGCGGGGAGCUCAAGUCGGUAUCGUUAGCUGAUCGUGUAGCACUUCUACGAUGAGUGAGCAACUGAAAUUCAUCGUUGAACAAAUCAACAAAGAGCCGUUCAAGAAAAACUUUAAUCUUAUCACCUUUGACUGCCUGGAGCCGAUGCAACUACUGCAGAUUUUAAACGAUGUGCUGGCUGAAGUCGACCCGAAGCAAGCCAUAGAUAUAAGAGAAGAAAUGCCUGAACAAACAGUGAAGAGAAUGUGUGCUCUGCUGGGGAUGCUCAAAUAUUUGCCUCCAGGAAAUCAUUCUGAUGUGAGCACUUUCAGACAGGGCCUUGUGACAGGCAGCAAACCUGUGGUGCACCCGAUCCUCCACUGGCUGCUGCAGAGACUUCCUGAACUGAAGAAGAGGGCUUACUUGGCUCGCUUUCUUGUCAGACUGGAGGUCCCUGCUGAGUUUCUCCAGGAUGAUGUCAUCAAUGACACCAAUAACCAGUAUGAAGAGCUGGUGGAAGCAUUUAAGACGUAUCACAAAGAGUGUGAACAGCUGAGGACGUCAGGGUUCUCCAUGGCAGAAAUCAGAAGGGACAUUAGUGCAAUGGAGGAAGAGAAGGACCAGCUGCUCAAACGUGUUGAGAGGCUGAAGAAAAAGGUGGAGUCAGUGUCCAACCACCAGCGGAUGCUGGAACAGGCCAGGCAGCUGAGAGUGGAGAACGAGAGAGAGGAGGCUCUGACACACCAGAGACAAGAACAGCAGAAUCAACUGUUCCAGGCAGAACAGAGGCUGCAGAGAUCGAAGCAGCAGCUGAAGGACCUGCAGCAGGCGGCAGCUGAUGCCAACCCAGAGAGCUUAAUAAAGCGACUGGAGAUGGAUAUCAAGAUCAACUCCUACAUGGUCUCUGAGAAACUGCCUAAAGAGCUGGAGGCAAUGAGAAACUCUGUGCAGUUCCUUCAGAAGGUGGUGUCAGAACCUGCCAUGAGCCAUGCUGACCUGCAGGAGCUGGAGGAGAAGAUCAGAGCGGUUGACUCUCAGAUAAACCAGCUUAUUGAGAAGAGGAUGAUGAGAAAUGACCCCAUGGACGACAAGAUGACCCUCUACAGGCAACAGGCUUCCAUCAUCUUUCGUAGGAAGGAGGCAAAAACAGAGGAGCUGCAGGAAGCGAGGGAGGAGCUGGCAGCAGCAGAGAAGGAGCUGAAGCAGAGGAGCAGCCAGACACAGACCUUAGAUGGAGAAGAGGUUGUCCGGGGUGACGAGCUUAAACGUUUGGUGGCAAAACUGCGGAGCAAAAGCACCGUGUACAAGAAGAAACGGCAGAAAAUUGCGGAGUUGAAAGCUGAGUACGGAGUCUUGCAGCGGACAGAGGAGAUUCUCAAGCAGAGAGAUGACACCGUUCAUCAAAAACUACAAAAAAUGGAAGCUGAAAAGGGCAUAUCUGGUUACAGUGACACUCAGGAAGAACUGGAGAGAGUUUCUGCCAUCAAGAGUGAACUGGACGAAAAGAAAGGCCGUACACUGGACGACAUGUCUGAAAUGGUGAAGAAACUAAACUCUAUGAUUGUGGAGAAGAAGUCCGCUCUGGCUCCAAUCAUCAAAGAACUGAGAGCACUUAGACAAGAGUGUCAGGAGCAAAGUCAAGAAUAUGAGGAGAAGAAGGCACAGUAUGAAAGCUGUGCUGCUGGUCUUGAGAGCAACAGAUCUAAACUGGAGCAGGAGGUGAAAUCAUUAAGAGAAGAGACGUCACAGGAGGAAAACCAGUAUCACUAUCUCAACUCCAUGAUACAGAUCACUGAGAUGCAACUACAGCGGGCUGCUGAGGAGAUGAAGGCCUAUGUGUCCUCUGAUCCCCAAGAGAAGAAAAAGACCAUCAGGGAGAUGUACAUGAAGAGUAUUUCAGAGCAGGAGUUACUUGGAAAGAAGCUCCGUGAGAAGCAGAAGUUGGUACGAGAAAACCAUGGGGACAACAUGGAGCAGAUGAAGCUGUGGCAGGACCUGGAGCAGCUGCUAGAGUGCAAGAGGCAGUGUUUCAUACGAGCUCAAAACCAGGCAUCUAUUGGUCAAGUCAUCCAAAAGGGAGGAGAGGAUCGGCUGGUGUUGUGAGGAAGGAGAUGUCACAGGAGGGAGUGAAAUCCUAACUCCUUCUGCAUCUUCCCUGAAACAAUGAGCAUUUUUACAUUGCAUUCAGAUGCAACAGAUUCAUUUAAACUUUGCUUAGUAGCUCAUUUUGAAUAACCAGAAAUAUAAGAUGAUUUGUGAAUCCUAAUACACCAUGUAUUAGGAGGCGUCAUGAGACAAUGGUUUUUAUGUUAGCUAACCAACGGAGACUCUUUUUGGACCACAUCUUUAAAGACACUUUCAGCCCUAGUGUCCAGAGAUAAGAUACAAAGUGGUGCACUUAGGAUUUGACCUAGGUUAACUAUUUUUGGCAGGGACAACCAUGACCUUGGACAGAAUGUCUUGGCAGGUUUGGUAUUUGAAGAGACAAUCAACAAUGGUUGUACAAGUGCAGAUAAAACGGCUUGUAUUGUUUCAUAUAACUUAUAAUCCAUUAUUUCCGUAGUUCCAGGAUGUUUGCUAAUAUGUUAGUGUCAAAUAUAUUUGUUGUAAAAACAAUAAUUUGUAAAAUAAACCUUUGAAGCAACACUGUU